AAAACACUUUGUGUAGAAAUGUUUGUGUGUUGACGGACGGAGCGAAGGUGAAGGUCGAUACUGGUGUUUGUGUUCAGAGGUUCAUCGACCCCGAACACCAGAGACCACGUCGGGUUCUCACUCCGAGACUCGGCACUUCACAGGAACCAGACGAGACCAGCAGCUGCAGCGGAGACGAGAGAGAACCUGCUGAUCCUCUGAGGUGUUCCAGGUCCGUGUGGAGACUUGACGCAGCAGCAUGGCGGCGGGCCUGCAGGUGGCCGGUCUGGUUCUGGGCCUGGUGUCCUGGUGUCUGCAGUCCAGCUGCACGUCCUCUCAGCUGUGGAAGGUCCGGAGUCAGGCCGAGUCCAUCAGCAGCAGCCAGUGGCAGUACGAAGGUCUGUGGAUGAGCUGCGCCGCCACGUCGCUGGGCUCCGUCCAGUGCCACCGCUUCAAGACAGUGCUGGGGCUGCCAGUUCACCUGCAGACCUGCCGGGCUCUGAUGAUCCUGUCUCUGCUCGUCGGUCUGGCCGCCGCCAUCGUCUCCGUGCUCGGACUCAAGUGCACCAAGAUCGGCAGAACUCCGGAGGCCGUCAAGGACCAGAUCGCUCUGAGCGGCGGGGUCAUGUUCAUCCUGUCGGGCGUCUUCACGCUGAUCGCAGUGUCGUGGUUCGCCGCCAAAGUCAUCCACGACUUCUACGACCCGCUGUAUGGAGGAGUCAGGUUCGAGCUGGGUUCUGGUCUGUACCUGGGCUGGGCCGCCUCCUGUCUGUCUGCACUGGGCGGAGCUCUGCUCUGCUGCUCCUGCAGGAAGACGACGCCCACUUCCCCUCCACGACAGUUUUCGUACAACUACUCGACGAGCGGCCGCGGUCAGAGCAUCUACAGAGUCGCUCUGGCCUCCGACUCUGACGGCCGAAAAGCCUACGUCUGACAGCGCCAUCGCCACGACGAUGCCAGGAGCUGGACACAGACACAUCAGAGCAUCAGAAACUCAAAACCCUCUUUUUUUCUUUUCUAAACACAAAGAAAUAUUUAAUUUUUGCUAUGGUGUGAACGACCUCAGACCCUCUGAUUUCUGCCUGCCUUUUUUUUUAUUAUCGAUGUCGACAUCAACACACACAUGACAUCACCUGAUCGUUGAGUGUAAAUAAAAUGUUUCCUGAAUCUGA